AUGAAGAAACUUCGUUCCCUGGGCGCAUUGGCGCUUUAUGCUCCCAGUGUAUUUGCGCAGAGCUGCAUAUCACUGGCUGGUUCGAAGACGUGUCCUGCUUUCAACUCUUCCUCAAUAUCAACAGAUGCUACUUUAGUUGCCCUAUAUCCCUUUCUUGCCUUUGUCACGUCGACCGAGAGCUUCGAUACUCAGUUAUCUCAAUAUGUGGAUGAACAAUAUGUACAGACAAAAUAUGUCAAUAUCUUUGGCUGUGACAAUGUGAAUUUGGGCAACACCACCAGCUAUUACGCCCGUUAUACGACCAGCUUUCUCUGCAAUGGCAUUGUGCAGAAUUCUCGGACACCCUGCGGUCUAUCUGUGGCUGAUUCCGAACCUCUGUGCGCCGACUCUUGCGCCGAAUUGGCGUUGAGCGAGGAGCAAAUUGUCUCAAGCGAUCUAUGCCCUGGUCGCAAUAAUGACUACGCGGACGAACUCCGAGCCGAUUUCACCAACUGUGCAUUACCCGCCAAUUCUAUUAGUGGCAGCUGUAUCACAGGCGAGUCGAACGAACCUGAGAAUUGUGGGUUUGGCAGCAAUUUGAUGGGUCUGUGCAGUUUCUGUCGCUCAAGUACCCUCAAUGGGACAGACUCGUGCUGCCUGACUUCCAACGCGACAGGCAGAUGCCAGGACGUUACGCUCCCUGUCUUCUCCACCAUUUCAAACCUCUUCUCUUCUACUAGCCCUACAUCCUCACCUACUUCGAGCCCAACAGCAGUCGCCAGUCAUGGAGGUGGUGGCUUGAGUGGUGGGGCGAUUGCCGGCAUCGUUGUUGGAUCUGUCCUGGGAUUUCUGAUCCUACUUGCCGUGAUCAUCCUGUGCUUCAUUUGCUUCCGUCGCAGGCAUAAUCAUAGCAAAGCAGGCAGCGUUCUCAACCAACCUUCGCCUCAGAGGAAGGGUGUCGUGUCUGCAUCCUACAACCAACCCAUGACACAGCAAGGAUAUGAGGUCUUACCUGGCGGACGUGUUGCUCGUAUGUCGGCGCUGCAAGAUGACCAGCCAGGUGUCGGGCCCACAAUCGGACCACGCAAUUACACAUCCCACACCGACCCAUACGGUGACAGUCCAGAUUCGCGCGAAAAGGGGAUGGGUGGGAUGAAAGCUAACGGCUCACCGGGGAGCGACUCACAAAAUGGGUCUUCCCCUGGUGACUUCUCAUCUCCAGAAGGAGUCGCCAGUGGACAAUCGGAGCAGUUACCGUUCUUCAAGGAUUACUACUCUAACGACGAUAUUCAUCCUGGAGAUAAGGUCUCGGUGUUAUGGGCAUAUCAGCCUCGAGCGGGAGACGAGUUUGAAUUGGAACGUGGUGACAUGCUGAAAGUGGUCGGCAUCUGGGAUGACGGCUGGGCGACGGGAGUGCGGAUCAACGAGCGGGCAGAGGACUAUGAUGGCAAGCAUAAGGUGCAGCGAGACAGUGGUGUGUCAAACGGUUCGGCAACUCGAGAAGAAUCCCCUACUCCGCCGGGCGAAAUCAAGGCCUUCCCACUGGUCUGUGUCUGCCUCCCGGAAGCGUGGAAGAAGACGGUAGAAGGCGAUACAUCGGCCGAAAGCGGCUCAGGCGGUCCUCCACCGAUAUGA